AUGGCAACCGUCGCCCAGCAGCGCCAGCCGACGUCUGCCCAGUCCCGUCCACACCACGAAGCAACCCGCAGCGCAUCUGCCUCGCCCGCAAACAUGGCACCCUCACAGCAUCCCCCGGCGCCUGCGCCUGCGCCAGCCAAAAAGGGCAAAGGCAAGAAGGCGCCAGAUCCAUCAGAGCAGCAGAAGCAGAUCCAGGCCAAGAUUGCUCAGCUUGAGCUGGACCAGGCAGGAGACAAGGAGCAGGAACUUGAAAUCGAACGCGAAGUCAAGAAAGCAAAUCGUGAACUUUCCUCGCUCCUCUCCAACAUGGACGGUCCCUUGUCCCGCCUCGAAGUCGUGCAGAAGCGAUAUACCGAACUCUUAUCCGACAUGAAGCGCACCGAACGCGAGCAUCAAAAGGCGAAGAAGCGUGGAGACCAGUUGCAGAAAGAGAAAGAUGCGCAAAGGUCCGAGUUGAACAAGGUUACCACGAUGAAGGACAAGUUGGACAAGUUGUCGCGUGACUUUGCAAAGGAGAACAAGAAGCUCAAGGACGAACUACACAAACUCGAGACCAGCGAAUCGACUGCCCGACAAGAACUACACGACCGUCUGGAACAUCUUGUAAAUGACGUAGACGACUGUAUCGCUGCUGCAAACGGGCCAGAACCUCCGAACCAAGCUGAACAGGAACUGGAUGAGCUAUUCCGCCAAAAGUUCAAAUCUUUCAUUGACCAGUACGAACUGCGCGAGCUGCAGUACCACUCGAUGCUUCGACUCAAGGAACUUGAAAUACAAUAUCACUCCGCCCGACUAGAACAGCAGCGCAAACAACAGGAAGCCGAAUCGUCAAAGUCACAUCAAUUGACCCGCCAGGUGUCGACCUUCUCGCAGACAGAGACCGAACUCCGCACGCAGCUCAACAUAUAUGUCGAGAAGUUCAAACAGGUCGAGGAAACUCUCAACAACUCCAACGAUCUCUUCCUCACGUUCCGCAAAGAGAUGGAAGAAAUGUCCAAGAAGACCAAGCGCCUCGAGAAGGAAAACCAAAAUCUACAACGCCAUAAAGACAUCACGAAUCGAAACAUUGGUGAGAUGGUAGAAGAGCGCCAGAAAAUGCAAGAGGAGCUCGCCAAGAGAACGAGAGAGACGGAAGAACAACGUAAGAAGAUUGCUCGGCUGGAAACGUUGUGUCGCGGGAUGCAAGCACAGGGAAGAGGGCAGGUUCCGAUGCACGAGUUGGAACACGAGGGACACGAUGAGGAGGACGAAGAAGUCACGGAGAGCGAAUAUGAAUACGAAGACGAAGAUAGUGCAGAGUACGAUGACGAUACGGAGGAAGACGGCGUCGAGCCCGCACCUGAGCGUAGGCCGUUUGGGCCUGUGCCACCACCUCCGCCUCAACCACAGCCAGUGUCACAGGGGAAGCUUAACGGACACAAACAGGCCAACGGGCAAAUGAAUGGAGUCAAGCGCUAAUAGCAAUAUCAGCCACUGAUGUUCCGGAUUUGCCGCAUUGU